CAGCAUUACUCAUUCAUCCCCAUUCAGGCUUUCCCCAGCAUUUAUUAAGGGCUCUCAGCCCCUGCCUCUCACUCUCCCUCUCCUCGGCUCCAACUCAGCUCACUCGAGAGCCUCUUGCCUCUUCCCCUCCUGCCGGUUGUGGAAAGAACUCUGCCUCUUUCCAGCGAUGUAUCUCCUUGGGAUUCUGUUUUGUGCUCUCUGGUCCGCGGUGUUGGCCGAGAACUCGGAUGAUUACGAGCUCAUGUACGUGAAUUUGGACAAUGAAAUAGACAAUGGACUCCAUCCCACCACCGAGGACCCCACGCCGUGCGACUGCAGUCGGGAGCACUCCGAGUGGGACAAGCUCUUCAUCAUGCUGGAGAACUCGCAGAUGAGGGAAGGCAUGCUGCUGCAGGCCACGGACGACGUCCUGCGGGGCGAGCUGCAGAAGCUGCGGGCGGAGCUGGGCCGGCUGGCGGGCAGCCUGGCGAGACAGUGCGCGCCGGCGGCCCCCGAGGAGGCCAGGCUGGCCCCGGCGCUGGACGAGCUGCUGCGGGCGAGUCGCGACGCGGGCCGCAGGCUGGCGCUCCUGGAGCGCGCCGAGGCGCUGCGCCCGGAGGAGGCGGGGCGCGCCCUGGGCGCGGUGCUGGCCGAGCUGCGGCAGACGCGAGCCGACCUGCGCGCCGUGCAGGACUGGGCGGCCCGGCGCCGGCUGCCCGCAGGUUGUGAAACAGCUAUUUUAUUCCCAAUGCGUUCCAAGAAGAUUUUUGGAAGCGUGCAUCCAGUGAGACCAAUGCAGCUUGAGUCUUUUAGUGCCUGCAUUUGGGUCAAAGCAACAGAUGUAUUAAACAAGACUAUCCUGUUUUCCUACGGCACAAAGAAGAAUCCAUAUGAGAUCCAGCUAUACCUCAGCUAUCAGUCCAUAGUGUUUGUGGUGGGUGGAGAGGAGAACAAAUUGGUUGCUGAUACUGUGGUUUCCUUGGGAAGGUGGACCCACCUGUGUGGCACCUGGAAUUCAGAGAAAGGGCUCACAUCCUUGUGGGUAAAUAGUGAACUGGUGGCUACCACUGUCGAGAUGGCCAGAGGUCACAUUGUUCCAGAGGGAGGAAUCCUGCAGAUUGGCCAAGAAAAGAAUGGCUGCUGUGUGGGCCAUAGCUUUGAUGAAACAUUAGCCUUUUCUGGAAGAAUCACGGGCUUCAAUAUCUGGGAUCAUGUUCUCAGCAAUGAAGAGAUAAGAGAGACUGGAGGAGCGGAGUCUUGUCAUAUCCGGGGCAAUGUUGUUGGGUGGGGAGUCACAGAGAUUCAGCCACAUGGAGGAGCUCAGUAUGUUUUAUAAGUGUUGUGAAAUUCUACUUGAAGCCAAAGAAAGAAACUAACAUUUUAAAUAUAUGCCAGUUGGGAUGUUCUAAAAACCUCAAUGCAUAAUAAGAACACUUGAGAUUAAUGAAGGAGAGAGUUGAGAUCAAUCUUUAUUUAUCUUGGCAAAAUACUGAAUAAACAGUUGAAAGGAACACAUUGGAGAAAGCUUUUGGGAAUUUUGUUACUAGACUUUAUGCCAUGGUGCUUUCAAAUUAAUACUGUGUCAGAUAAACUCUCAAAUAAUUUAAAAGGACUGUAUUGUCGAACAGAAGGACAAUUGUUUUACUUUUCUUUGGUUAAUUUUGUUUGGCCAGAGAAGAAUUUUAUAUUGAAAUAGUAACAAAAAAAGAUUUGUUGUCCAUUGUUCAUUGUUAUUGGUAUGUACCUUAUUACAAAAAAUGAUGGUUAAAAACAUAUUUAUACUACAAGAUGACUUAACAAAUAUAAAUGUAGGUUAUGUGUUAUAAUCAAAUGCCACUCUUUUGAGAAAAUAGAUGUAUAAGUUAUAUUGUAAAAUGGGUUCGUAUUAAUUUUAUUAAGACUAUUUUUGUAAAGCUCUACUGUAAAUAAAAUGUUUUAUAAAACUA